GGCUGCAUUUGGGUUAUGGUGGCAAGCAUCUGGAAUCUAACUCGUAGCGCGCAUAAAAGCUGUUAGUUUGUCGCGCAAUGUUCCCGCGAGAAUGUGAGGGUGUGAGUGUGGAUCCCCGGUGUUUUAUCGAUCUCAAGUUUCGCGGUGACGUUCAAAAUCUAGUGGCUAUGGCACCUGUUUCUGUGACCUGUUUGACGAGAUUCUCCCAGAGUUGCUGCCCACAAUCGCAAGGGCUUUGGAAAAGAAUUUCGGUUGGGUUUCUGUGUAGCUCUGUCAUGGUAAUGUCUUCUGGUUGGGCUUCUGCCGUCGAAGCAGUUCAAGCUUCCCCUUUAUCCGAUUACGUGGUCGCUGUGUUCACUUUGACUGGGGCUCUCGGAAUAUUACAAUUUUUUGACGAACUAGCCAAACGCGAUUUCUUAGAGAAGACGUUGAGUCGAAAGCUCUGCCACAUACUGUCUGGGUUGGUGUUUAUGCUGUUCUGGCCUCUUUUCAGCACUGCUCCUCUUGCUAAGUAUCUGGCAGCCUUUGCACUUGUGGCAAACGGAUUUCGUAUGAUUGGGUUAGGGCUUGGUCUUUGGAAGAAUGAGUCUCUCGUAAAAGCAAUAAGCAGAGGAGGCAGCCGAAGGGAAUUGCUGCAGGGUCCCCUUUAUUAUGCAAUUGCAAUCUUGGUCGCAACACUUUUUUUCUGGCGAGAUUCACCUAUUGGCAUAUGUGCAAUUGCAACUUUGUGCGCAGGCGAUGGGUUUGCGGAUAUUGUGGGCAGAAAGUAUGGUAAGCUGAAGUUACCGUACAACAGCGACAAAUCAUACAUUGGCUCUGUGGCUUUCUUUAUGCUGGCCUCACUCGCGUCCACGGUAUACAUAGCUAUCUUCUCAGCAUGUGGGUUUUUCACAGCAACGCCGGGUGUUUAUAUUACGUCGCUAGCGGUGGCCCUUGCCGGUGCAAUUGUCGAGGGUUUGCCUCUCCCAAUUGAUGACAACUUCACUGUGCCUUUCACUGCAAUCGGAGUCGGCAUGCUAUUGUUUCCUUUUUAAGCACGAACUGCAGUUCACAUUCUGUCUAAUUGCCAUCGCUGCUUUGAUUUCAUUUCUUCUGCGACACGUGAACUCUAAAGACGUGAAUCCCCUUGGAUUUUCGACUAUUUCUUAAGUCUUGCACAUCAAGUUUAGUAGCUUCACAGCAAGCCGCAGUAAUUAUAUGCAGAGCUACCGACAUAGUACUCCAAGUGUAUGAAGCACACUCUAAUGCUACUCCAAGCCAAAAGGACAAGCCGCUUUGCUAUAAUGACAAUGCUGCGAGAGCAUUCUAUGUUUAUUUUAUUUCAAUUCAAUGUUCAAAUGAGAUGGUUUUCGGGAAAAA